AUGAAACGGGAUUCACAUGAUUCUGAUGUGGAAUCCACAACAACUCGUUACUGUUCGGUUUGUGAAGCCCCAUCAAAUGGAUAUCACUUUAAUGCGCCGUCGUGCAGCGCAUGUGCCGCAUUUUUCAGACGGACGGUCACACUAGAUCGUCAGUUUGUUUGCAUGAAUUCUCAAGAUUGCGUGGUUGAGUUCACAAUGAGAGUGAUUUGUCGAGCCUGUAGAUAUAUGAAGUGCAUAAAAGCAGGGAUGGAUCGAAAAGCCGUUCAACCAAGACGAGAUCGAAACCUGCCGCGACGAAAAGCCCAACCGGUAAAGCGUGUUUUAUCCGCGGAAGCUGCUCUGGAUAUGGAUUUCAUGCACAACCCAUUAAUGGAUGAGGGCCCUUCGUCUAUUGCUGGCCCUUAUUCUAUACCUUUGACUUUGAAUAUACCCUCUUUUCCGAAUACACCUCAAAUGUACGAACCUAAGGAAUCUUACGAAGAUCAUCUCGGUGAACUGAUGAGGCUAGAAAGACUGUACAACGAACGCCGUAAAAUUCUUUACUGUGCGCGGUCCUCUAUCUCUACCCUCUUAUCAACCUGUGAAAUUGAUGACAUUCCCUACAGUAGCUCAGAGAUUGAAGUGCUUACGUAUGCUGCUAUACAAAAGGAUUUACGCCCUCAGAUAUUGCUUACCUAUGAAUGGAUUCGGUCAUGGGAACACACGAAGAAUAUGACGCUAACUGAUCGGAAAAUGUUCUUAAGAAGAUGUAUUUUAUAUCACACAAUCUUGGACCCAGCCUAUCUGACAUAUCGAUUAGGGGAGAAGAAAAGAUUCAUAAUGUUCAACGGGCUCUUCGUUGGUAUUGGCCGUGAUUCAAAUGAGGGAUGGGCCGACGAGGCGGGAAUUAUUUCAUCAUCGCUGAAACAAGAGCUUUAUCGACCGCUAAUGGAACGCGUCAAUAAUGAGCUGGUUGAGCCAAUGAGGCAAAUUGGGUUGACAUAUACUGAGUAUAUCGUGUUGAAGGGGAUUAUAUCGUUUAAUGGAUCGGCGUUGGGAAUCCAUGACAUGGCGCCGGGAAUACGGGAGAAGAUGAAAAAUCAGGUUGAUAUGAUUUUGAGGAGCCUGCACCGACAUUAUGCGGAGCUUGGAUACUCAUUGCAUCAAGUGGCCGAACGAACCGGAAAUAUCGUUCUUUUAAUGAGUGCCGUAUUUGCGGUGAGCCUCGAAUGCUUGGAGAGUCAUCAAAAAAUUCAAUUCUUUGAUCUAUGGGAGUUGGAUGAUUUGGUGCUUCAGUUAUUAUCGCGCAGAAAGCCACCAGCAAGCCCAAAAUCCCUCUUUGCGCUCUAUGCUAAACAAUUACCCCAGCCCACUAUAAAGCUGGAGCAAUCAGACGGAAGCCUUGACGAGGAGAUC